AACUCGACACCGUUGAAGGGGGAAAAAGGGAAAAAGAGGGGGGAGGUAAGUCAUUAUUUAGGGGGAAGAAAGAAAGAAACAAAGUUGUCGACCGUGGAAUGCACACGGGGAGUGAUCUUUAUUUAUCUCCAGAGGCUCUUUGAGUCCAGCGCGGCUCCGCAGGGAGCAGAAAGUAACGGGACACCGGUUUCCCGGCUCAUUGUUCCCGUCCGCGUCUCCGAAACUUCUCCGCUACUCCUGGGAAUCCGAAGUCCGGGAAUUUUCUUUGAAAAGCGGGGAUGAUAAUAGCAGCCGAACGCAGGCGAAGGAUCUGGAGAGUGCUUCCGUGUGUUUCCUGUUGACGUAUUUUAAGUUUUAAAUAUUCCUUUUCACGUCUCUUUUUAAAAUAGUUUUAUUCCUAAGCACGUUCUUUCCGGAGCUGAAUGGCAGGGCUGGACUUUGUGUGUCCAAACGGAUUUAUUUUCUUGUCUACACUGGAGACCACAUGAAGAAGAAACUGUAACCUUCCACACUUUUCAAACUCCACGUUUUAAGUAACUUCUUCUGAACAAGUCACACUGGAUUACAACAACAUAAAGCCGACUUUUCCUGAAGAAGAGUUCGGACUGUGGGAGGAUGCAGAUGUGGAGCCACACGAGGGGCCACAAAGGAGGCCCUCAGCGACUAUAGGUCACUCGCAAGUGUCCUGGAUCUUUGCGUAUGUCCCUUUCUCGUCUGAGGUUUGAGGUGAAUUCUAACUCAUAAUCCGGAUAUUAAUAAUCUGAUGGAUUGUUCUUGGACACGUCUUACCUGCGCCUUUGGAUGUUUCACACAAAGGAAAACCAUAUGACUCACCUUAGUAAUGUAAAUCAGCCAUGCAGUUCUCUUCCUUAAAUCCAUCUUUAUUUAUCUGAUUCAUAUUUAUUUACAUUUACAUCGUGUGUAUGUGUAAAAUAAUUGAUGAGCUACAGAAAGGCCAGUAUUUUUCCUAUUUAAAAGUUUUCUGCUGUACUUCGUCGUCUACCCCCACACUGUAUUUGACCGCAUUAAUCUGUAACUUCAGACGUGAAGCUGCAGGGACUUGACUUUUGCCUAGACAGGUAUUUAAAGGAAAAUAACCAAACAGCACCAGACACGACGAGGCUUCACCAUGGAUAGACCGAUAAGCAAGUUAUUGGAGAAGUUAAAGCUAACCGACUCGGGCAGUGUGAAAUUCAACAGUUCCAAGAAAAAACAGGACUCUGCCAACAAUGCUAAUAACAGCAAUGCCAACGCUGGCAGCUCAGCAGGAGGUGCUGGAGGAGGUGGAGGGAGCAGUCUGCCAUCAGCUCCCAGCUCCACAGCUGCCUCGCCCUCAAGACCCGGCCAGUUCUCGCUUGCCCCUGCAACCACAAGUGAUGCAUGUGUUCCAGCGACUGGCAGAGGAUCAGCAGGAGGAGGAGGAGGAGGAGGAGGAGGAGGGAUGGUUAUGCCUCCCUCGCCACAGACUUCCACCACGGUGGGGGCCAUGCCCUCAGAGGGGGAGCAACCGCUUCACCCCUCCACCUUGGCGCCGCUUCGACGCCGCUCUCCACAGCAACGGGCUUCCUGUUAUCUGGGUGAAGGUGUGGACUCCCACAUGAGGCGUGAAUCUGGUCUGGGCCCGGAGUGUGACCCCAUGGGGACCUACGGUUCAAAGACGUCCCUCAACCAACGGCGCUACUCGUUGGAGCUCCAGCAGUUGGUGCGACGACAGCAGCUCCUCUCCCAGCCGCCACCUCUCUCUGUCCCACCGCCAUACCCCACCACCACAGGUUAUGGAUCGGCUCCUAGAAGUGGAGGAGGGUGCCUUGGUACCGAGCAUGGGUUCCUCCCUGAGCAUGAGAGGCACAAACGCCUCUCCCUCCAAGAAGCUCUUUUCUACAAACGCCUUAGCACUGGAAGUGAGAUGUGGGAGAGCACCAGGCCGGCGUCCUUCUCACAACCCCCCCAUCGUCCAUCAGAUGUGACCGGAGGUGGCGUAGGAGGAAGCUUCUUUUACCCACCAGGGCCAGCUGUAAGCCCCUGCUCCUCAUUCAGCCUCCAGGAGUCGGUGCUUGUCAGCCCAAGGUCCAGCUUUGCCUCCAGCACGGCCAGUGGGGGAGGAGGGGGCAGCCCCAUGGGCAGCCGCUGCAGCAGCAACCGGACCAGUGGCAUCAGUCUGGGCUACGACUCUCGUUACUCCGCCUCUGGAGGAUUUCCUCCACAGCAGCCUUCGCCCUCCAUGCAGGCGGGUGGAGGUUCCAUGGCUGGUUAUGGAGCUGCAGGCCGGGCCGGCAUGACCCCGGUGGAGGCCUGGGCCCACGAUACGCGACACUCCUACCCUCCUGCUGUCGGAAGUCCAGGAGCGUCCUGCUACCAGGGAGCUCCAGAGUGGUGGGAUGAGCAGCAGGUGGGAGUACGAGGCAAAGAAGGGUGUGUGAUGGGAGAGAGAGCCCGCUAUUCAGACCUCCCUGGCACCAGGUACCAGGAGGAGCUGACCCGACUUAUACUGAGAGACGCAGCGUUAGAAGGUGAGGGUCUCCUGGACGGUCUCAUGUUAAAAGAGCAGUCUGUGGGUCUGACUGCUGUCUCCAAACCCAGUUCGGCAGUGUCAGUAGUGCCUUCCUCCGCUGGAGGUCCAGUGAAACCUCAGGAGGAUCCAGGAAGAGAGGCUGUGGAGAACCGGCAGGAGUAUUUUGGGACGUGUGUGAAGUGUGGGAAGGGUGUGUACGGAGCGGACAACGCCUGCCAGGCCUUGGACAACCUUUAUCACACUCGCUGCUUCACCUGUGUGUCCUGUGGACGAACUCUGAGGAACAAGGACUUCUACAACGUCAGUGGCUCUGUGUACUGUAAAGAGGAUUACAUGUUUUCAGGAUUUCAAGCUGCGGCAGAGAAGUGCAGUGUGUGUGGUCACCUCAUCCUGGAGCAGAUCCUACAGGCUAUGGGAAACUCCUACCACCCCGGCUGUUUCCGCUGUGUGGUCUGCUCCAAGGCUCUGGACGGAGUCCCCUUCACCGUGGACCAGCACAGUAACAUCUACUGUGUAGCCGACUACAACAAGACGUUUGCUCCUAAAUGUGCUGCCUGUUUACAGCCCAUCCUGCCGGCUGAGGGCACUGAGGAGAUUCUCAGGGUGGUCUCCAUGAACAAGGACUAUCACUUUGAGUGUUACCACUGUGAGGAGUGUGGUAAGCAGCUGUCUGAUAAACCGGGCUCUCAGUGCUUCCCCCUGGACUCCCACCUCCUCUGCCACUCCUGUCACAUGACCAGAGUUUGCGCCACACACAACAUUCCGCCUCACAACACACACUGACGGGGAAAGGAAAAGUAUUGCGCUUGCGUCUCAGCGACUGUCCUGCUUCCUGCUCACGCCAGAGAAGAAAACUGCUGUGGAUAAAAACUUUGAUCAGGUCUUUUUUUAACUGCCUGCUGUUUUUGUACCAUUACUGUAACAACCUUUUAAGGGAACGGGAACAAAACUACUGCUUUGUUAUUGUUAUUAUUAUUAUUAUUACCCCUAAUGUGGCUACUGUUUGCUGUAGAAGAACAAGGGACUUUUUUUUUUUUUUGCUAAAACUGUUUUCGCAUAAAAAGAAAAACAUUUUGCACUUAAACUUGACUUUACUGUAAGUUUUGUUACUUCAAUCUGUAAAAUUUGGUAAACAAUAACUGUUUUUUUUUCUGUACGUUGUAAUAAAUAUUUCAUUCUUGUUUCACAAACUAUUUUUGCAAUGAAUUGCAGAAUAAUAAAUUAUUUUGUCUUGUUAAAACAAUGAUAUAGACAUGCCAGUUGUUGUCUGUGACUUCUGCGGUGGCCAAUCAAACGGAGACCGAAUGAUAGUCAGGUGUGAUAUCCAAUCACAAUUAAAUAACCUUUGUAGAGAAGGCACACCCAGCUGAGGGACACUGAGGGACACUCCAGGUGUACAUGAUGUUGAGGUUCUUUGUCCUUAAAGACAGUUACACUUCUAGAUUUCUGGGAGUGGUGGCUUAGUGGUUAAGGAAGUGGACUUGGGGCAGGAAGGCCUCAGGUUGGAGUCCACCAGCUGCCAAGUCACCACUGAGGUGCUCUGAGCACGGCACCGUACAAGAUUAAUUUCUAGCCACCUUAUGCAGCAUGGCUUCAAUCCACUCAAAAACAAAGCCGUUCCACCUGGUCAGUGGUUGGACGCCUCUUAGGCCCAACCCCCUACUACCUUCUUGGCGCUUCACUAUUUGAGUAGUACUGCAUUAAGUACUGUCAACAAAGGCAUUAACCAUGUUCUGUUGGUGAAGGUAGCAAGAGAGAAACAAAGAGACGGCAGGUGGAACCAAGACAUCUUUAAGUCACAAGAUUUCAAUCUUGGAUUUACCAUGACAACAUACUGCUUAUAAAGUAACCAGAACUGGAAUAAAACUGUCGACAAUACACACAGUUCUGUAGUCUUCAUUCAAAUGGCUGAAUUAUGACACAUUUUAUUUUCAAUCGACCAAAUUCCCACAAGUGGCGAUGCCUUUGACUGACUGUUGAAUGACUGAUGAGCAGAACAAUUGGUCCAUGUGAUUUUCCCAUAGUGCGAUCUAAGUCUGGUCCUGAACAAUCACCGGUUCUUAAAGUCACAGCCAAUAAAUGAAACAAGUCAACAAACAUUACUCACCCAGAGAAUCAGAACCAAUUUAAAUUUAUUUUUAAAUUCUCAGUACAUUUAGAACUUACAGGAGGGGGGGAAAUACAACAAAAUCAAAAGAUUUUCCAACUAAAAACUGAUUAAAAAAAAAGAUUAAAAGAGUGACCAUCACUGUGUUCACCUCCUGUUGAACAUGAUUCAAAGACCGAGGCACGGAUGAUCGGUGCAGCUCUUCCUGUUUGUGACAGAGAACUUCCUGUCCUGUGGUGUUUUUCGUUCACGUCUUCAAUUUCUUCAGUGUGAAGACUUCAGUGGUUGGUGGAACAAUCUCACAAAACCUCCAAAGCAGAAAACAAACAAACAUGAUCUGACAUAAAACUAACAAGGAAAAAAAAA